CUACGAUGUUCUGCUUGUUGUACCGUUGGAUAGCAAUUUUACCAAAAGGAAGAAGAAGUUCGUGAUUUCGCUGUGUGCAUUCGUGGUGCUUUCUACGGCCGGGUUAACCUCACUUUGGAAAAAAUGUUCAAAAAAUUCGAUGAAAAGGAUAGUAUAUCAGGUGUACAGCAACUAAAAUCGUCGGUUCAGAAAGGAAUUAGAUCCAAACUUUUAGAGCUUUAUCCACAUUUGGAGUCUUACAUCGAUCAGAUAAUACCGAAGAAGGACUCUUUUCGGAUUGUCAAAUGCCACGACCACAUCGAAAUCAUGGUAAACAGUGCAGGAGAGUUACUUUUUUUUCAUCAACGGGAGGGACCAUGGAUGCCUACAUUGAAGUUGUUACAUAAGUAUCCAUUUUUUCUACCGAUACAACAAGUAGAUAAAGGGGCAAUUCGCUUUGUCCUUAGUGGUGCUAACAUCAUGUGUCCAGGCUUGACAUCUCCGGGUGCACAAAUGACGGCUGCUGCAAAGGGAACAGUAGUUGCAGUUAUGGCCGAGGGCAAACAACAUGCUUUAGCAGUUGGAAUGACAUCGUUGUCAACUGAUGAUAUCGCAAAAAUAAACAAAGGCGUUGGUGUUGAAAACUGUCAUUACCUCAAUGAUGGACUUUGGCAAAUGAAGGCUGUGAAAUGAGUCGUUACUUUAUUACCUACUGGAAUGCCUGUAAAAUAAGAUUAUUCUAUUCCCAACUCAA